AAUUAUAGCAUAGCCCCGCGCCUGCCAUUACGAGGACUAGCAGAAGCAGAAUCCACCAUCAUCACAGUCGCCCAAAGAAUACCUUACCUUGUCUAAUUUAUAUUAGUAGUACGUCUUUCUUACCUCUGCCGUAACCGUAGAGCAUCAUGAAGGUCGAAGUAUGGACGACCAGGAAGAACGUGUGCAUGACCAAGAAGAGUGGCAUGUUGAAGCUGUUGCUGUCAUCCAGGAUGUGAAGGACUGUGUCUCCCAGAUUCAUAUAUCAUCCCUCCCAUCCUCCAACACCACCAUUUACUUCAAUCUCACCACCAAAGAAGAUAACACCUAUUGUAUCGAGCUCACCGCUUCAGGAUUCAGAAUCGUGGGCAGCAAGUACGACGACAACUCCCAGUCAUCAGAGGAAUACUUUGAGACUCCAUAUGCACUGCUCGACAAUAUUAGUCCCUUGUACCGUGAGAGUUUCAGUUCUGCUUUAGCUGCAAAGUUGAUGCUGCUCACUGAGGAAGUUGACAAAGAAGAAAUGGAAAUAGUGGAUUGAUGGCUGAUAUUGAGUUUAUGUCUAGUAAUAAUGUGUGUAGUGUUUAAAACAGAAUUUCCUCAUAGUUGUAUAUGGUAGAGGAUUCUUUCCAGUCAUAAAUGUUAUAGUAGUGCAUUACAUUAUCUCCUCUACAAAAGGCUUGUUGUAGCUAUUAAAUAUAAUCACAAAUAAUGAAAACUGGUGAACCUUUGUGACACUAAGACUAUAACAUUAACAGGACUGAAAGUGUAUUACAGUAUUUGUCCAGAAAGUAGAUCAUGUGUCAAUACCUGGUUUGAUACAUCCUAGU